AUGGACUACUUCCUGCCAUCGUUUGUGCAAAAGCGGUUGCUGCGAUAUGCACUCUCGCGACUUGAGCUGGUUGACACCGAGGCGGUCGAUCUUGAUAGUUUGGGUAUACGAUGGGGUCAGAGGAGUACUUUUGAGCUACGCGAGUUAGGUCUCAGGUUAGACAAACUCGCCUCGCUCCUUCGGUUACCAGCAACAUGCAAGCUACUGAAAGCACGAGCAUCGCUAAUCAGAGUGACGAUACCGGCCGACAUCUACAGUAGCGGGAUAAUCAUUGAAGUCGAGGGUGUCGAUGUGCAUAUACAACUGCUGUCUGAAAGCGAAUCUGGAAACAAUACCCCGGCUCCCGGAGAGCCUGAUCGACAGGAUGGUAGUACUGCUGAGCGACCAGCGUUGCCUACAACAAAUGAUCUAGCACAGUCAUUUAUUGAGUCCGAGCCUAAGGAAGAAAGAGCUGAAAUCGAGGCAGCAAUCUCAUCACGAUCCCAAUACCUACAGCGUUCAACCAGUUCACUAAGCGAUGAAGAUGAGGUUGGGCUUGGCAAUGAGGAGGUAUCGCUCCCUAGCUUCAUUUCCGGCUUCCUGCAGGGAAUCGUAGGCAGACUACAAAUCAAGGUCAAGAAUGUCAACCUCCGCAUUGAAAUGGAUCUUCCGCAAGGUGAACCCAUAAAGCGAAUUCCGGCGGACAAACCGGACCAGUUGACAGUGUCACUGGUCGUUGGGGAGUUAUCAAUAGGCUCUGUUACUCAACCAGAGGGUCAGAACACUCAACCAAAGGUGGCAGGCAGGACAGUCACCUUAGAUUCGAUUCGCGUAUUUCUCAUAUCUGAUCCUGUGGUCUUCUCCAACUAUGCACGGUUUGCUGCCGCCCCACAGUCCCCUUCGACCACAACUUCGAAUCGUGGACACAGUAUUGGGCAAGCACGAAGUGUCUCGCCAUCACAAUCAACCUCCCUGUCUGGGAGUUUGGGGCCGCACAUUUCCCAAUCUAUGAUGCUGGAUCGUUCCCAAAUAUUGGACCGGGCUUCAACCCCCAUUGCAACAGGUAGGCAAUCCAUGGAGAAUUCUACUGAUUCUUUGGAUGGUCGAUUCUCCGACGCAGAUAGUGAGGCGGGAUACACAUCCGAGUACCACUCCCAUUCCCCUUCAAACAGUCGGUUUGAUGGAUUUGGUGAGGAGCUAUUGGAUAAUCCUGGAUACCUUGAUGAGGUCUUUCACUCGCAGUUCGUUGAUAACCCUGAAGACUCGAUUGAGUUACCAACGCAAUCGCCUGAAAAUACCGGUACUCCGAGACCGCAGAGUCCUCAAAUAGACUCCUCGCAAGUGGUGGAGACAUGGCACGAUUUCGAAGAACCUCAAUCUCGGAGCCAGCACGAGUAUAACGUUGAAGAUACCCGCUUUUACGAACCACUGGAGCAGAGCGCGGAAUCUCAGUCAUCUCCAAAGACAUCUCAUUUGUUCUCACCGGAACAGGUUCAACAGUCGUACUACGCAGACCUGCCAACUACUUCUUCAUCUCCAGAAGAAGACGUCAAGAGUCAAUCCAGCCACACUAGUUCCAGCUCUGGGUCAGUGCCUGCCGAGUUAUCGGAGUCCAAAAUUUUUAGUCAUGAAGAGGCAUCAAGCAUGUAUAUGAGUGCUAUCAGCGGCACCUCCAGCCACGGAGAGCCCCGAAUGCCUGGUGCCUGGGAUUCACGAAACUUUGAAUCACCCACCCAUGAGAGGGAGGCAUCCAGCGAACCAGUGGCUCUUGUCAAUAAAGAGGCAGAAGUUUCAACCCCAAAGAUCGGUGGUCAAACAUCAUCGUUUAUGCAUGAGAACGGAAAUACGCCGCAAACUUCGAUACGAGAGUCUUAUCGUCCGGACUUUGAACAUCACACAAGCGCUGAUAUCAAGACCCACAAUGAAGAACUCAAGGUUACUCGCCAAAUCAUAAAUAUUAGCAGAAUCACAGUUUGGGUACCAGAGAGCUUUGAUAGUAGUCAACAGGAGCCUCAUACGCAACGUCAACCACAGCGUCAAGAGCAUGGCACUACUAUGGCCCAGUCAAUCAAUAGUGAUGCUCUCGGAAUUUCGCGGAUGGACUUUUCUGCGUCGGUACGCCGUAGUUCUAUCACUUCAUCAAUCGCCUUUGAGAAUGGUGAGCAGCCUAGCCACAGAAACGUCGAUGUGAUUGAGCCUCUCUCAUUCGCAAAUCUAUCAUCAGCCAUAUCCAUUGAUAUUGGCGAAACCGUCGUCCAGUUUGACAUAGCAACCGGAUGGUUGCUUGUUAAGGCAAGCCAAAAGGUAGUGACCGCCCUUGAACACUCAGAAGCAAGUGUUUCGAAAAACACUCCGAAUUCUCCGUCGAAGGUCUCCAAACAUUUCAAGUUCAGGCUUCAUUCCUGCUCGGUUAAGUUCUUGGAAAGCUUGGCCGGUGUUCCCUACUAUACAGGAGGAAGGGCUUCGGAAUCGUCCCAAUCCACCUCAUCUAACGUAGAAGAUGUCAUUCUACAGGCGCAAGUAUUAUCAGUUACUUCUGACUACUUAACUGCGGAUGACACAACGAAAUUCCAACUCGAGGUGACGAAAUUUAUUCUUGGAUGCGCAACCGAGCCCCUGGUAUCCUUUAACAAGGAUCUCAAGAUGAGGGAAUCCAUCAGGGACUUGCGAACGGGUGUGCCUCGCGAUAUCACUCUCACUGUUGUCAAAACUUCGUCAUCCGCCAAGCUCGAGUUUGCUACCUUACCAUUGCAUAUCAAUUUCAAUAUACAGCAAUUGGAGGAGAUAUUUGGAUGGUUCGGUGGGUUAAGCACCCUAAUGGAGCUCGGAAGCUCUAUGGCUUCUGUUUCAACAGUCCGAGGGGAUAAAUCGGAUUCCUUGAAAAAGCCGACACGAGGUGUGCGAUUCGAAGGAAUGCCACCUCCGAGUGCCCCUUCUGCCACCCCUACAUCUGCUCCCUGGAAAAUAAAUGCUAGGCUAGAUGGCAUUAUACUUGACCUUGUAGGUGAGAGCUGUCGUAUCGAGCUCAUGACUACUGCAGUCAAGGCAGUAAGCAGAUUUGAAGGCAUUGGUAUCCAGAUCGACAAGGCUAAAAUUGUUGGGCCUGUAAUCUUUGACAAGGACGCGGAGCGCCCAGCAACUCUCAGCAUCGGAAAUAUUCGAAUCGAGUACUUGUAUUCGCCAAAGGAGGUUGACCUUGACCGACUGCUAUCUUUGCUUACGCCUUCAAAAGAUAAAUAUGAGGAGGAUGACGAUAUAAUGCUCGAUACACUUCUUCGGCAACGUAGACAGGGUGGCGUUCUCCGUGUUACAGUCACAACAGCCAAGCUGUUAAUUCCCGAUAUUGAAGGACUGAAACCUCUAUCCGAUCUUCCGAACGAAAUUGGGAGAUUAUCGAGCGUGACCAAGUAUUUGCCAGAGGAUGAUCGACCUGGUGUCAUGACUCUUGUACUCAUCCGUGAAUUUGAGAGUCAUACGCAUGUCAACGAGAAAAUAGGAGAUUUGCGACUAACGACCAGAGAUACCGAAUUGGCUCACAUCAGCAUUCCAUCUCUGAUUGCGGCUCAGGUGAAAAGUAUUUCACUAAGGAGAAAUGAGACCGAAGCACUGAUAGGCGAAGCUCUCGAUAUCACUACAGGUCAGAGCACCUCGUCAUCAUCUUUGCCAAUGUUGAUGGUGCGUUUCAUCGCGGAUGAGAUGGAUCCUACCGUCAAAGUCAAGCUCCAUGACUUUAGGAUGGAAUAUAGCCUGCCUUCCAUAAUAGCGUUCCUUGGUCUAGGGAAUAAUGCCACACCUGAUGACCUUGUCGCCAAGAUGGCCAGCUCUGUAGCUAAUUUAACGGAAAUAAGCGCGUCGCAGUUUCAAGGCCCAUCAUUUGGGGGGUAUGGUGGAUCUGAACCUGAUACCAAACCUUUCAAGCUCGCUGUAUCUCUGAGAGAUUGUGUUGUUGGUUUGAAUCCACGUGACAUGCCUGCGAAGGGGUUGGUAGUAUUUACUUAUGCCAAAUUCAAGUGCAACAACCAAGAGAAGGGCCUUUUCGAGGCCAACUUUGAAAUCAAAAAGGCAACGAUGAUGAUAAUAGACGACGUGCAAAUGAUUGGCAGGGGUGACAGCACAAGUCGUCGAUCAAUAGGCGAGAGUCAGGAGGAACAAGUCAACAAAUUCAGCAACAUGGGUUUUGUCCCAGUCUCGUACAUAUCAUCGGCAGUGCUCUCAGUUAAUGUACAACAACCCGACGCGGUUGGCGAGAAGUCUGUCGAUGUGGAGCUGAGGGACGAUUUGCUAAUCUUGGAAACGUGUGCUGAUUCCACUCAGACACUCAUUAGCCUUCUCAGCGGUCUUGCUCCACCGUCAUUGCCGAGCACCACGCUUAAAUAUCGUACCGAGGUUAUGCCCUUGCAGGACAUGCUGAGCUCAUUCACGGGAGAUGCAUUCAUGACUGACCAAGUCACCAAUGCCGAAGAAAUAUCUGUACACGAAGCUGAAGACAACUUCGAGGGCGCUCUUGACGACGAGGUUGACUAUGUUAGCGAUUUCUAUCCCCAGGAGCCUGUUCCAGAAGGCACGAUGAGUGCAAGUAUGAUGGAUCCCAUGGCCGAUAUGUCUCGAUCUAGACAACUCAUGGAUAGCUUUCAUUCCCAAUAUAACGUUUCGACCAGCGUGACGGGACUUGAUUUUCAAGAUGAUCAUUUUUCUAGAAAGUCAACGGUUGGUGGCACCGCUCAUCGAUGGAACACCACUCAAAAUACCUAUGGGCUCUCCAAUGAAGUCAAACUACAUGGUAGCCCGUUGAGGGUUAGGGUUCGUGAUGUACAUUUCAUCUGGAAUCUAUUUGAUGGCUAUGACUGGCAGCGCACUCGAGACACAAUUUCCAAAGCCGUCAAGGAUGUUGAAAUGAAAGCCGCAGAACGACGUGCAAAGACUACGAGUCGACUGUCUCCGGAAGAGGAUGAAGAGGAAUCAGUCAUUGGUGACUUUCUUUUCAACUCCAUUUACAUUGGUAUACCUGCAAAUAAAGACCCUCGUGAACUAUCUCGUGCUAUCAACCAUGACAUUGAUGAUAUGGCAAGUGAAACCGGCAGCUAUAUCACGUCAACGACAGUUACCGGAUACACUUCCCAUCAGAAUCGACCUUCUUCGACUCGUGGGAAAAGGCUACGUCUGUCACGAAGCAAGCAUCACAAAAUGACCUUUGAGCUGAAGGGUAUUUCGGCCGAUUUUGUCGUCUUCCCGCCAGACACCGGUGAGACACAGAGCACGAUUGACGUGCGAGUAAACAACCUUGAGAUUUUCGAUCAUAUCCCGACCUCGACGUGGAAGAAGUUUGCUACAUACAUGAACGAUGCAGGAGUGCGUGAAAGUGGGACCAGCAUGGUACACUUGGAGGUUAUCAACGUGAAGCCUGUGGCGGAGUUGGCGGCAUCUGAAAUUGUCCUCAAGGCUACCGUGUUACCUCUACGUCUCCAUGUCGACCAAGACGCAUUGGAUUUCCUCAGCCGUUUCUUUGAGUUCAAGGACGAGUCGGCACCUGCUCCUAGCUCGCCAGGCGAAACUCCUUUCUUACAACGGGUUGAGGUUAAUGCAAUACGAGUCAAACUCGACUUCAAGCCCAAACGGGUUGACUAUGCAGGCUUACGCUCUGGACGCACAACCGAGUUCAUGAACUUCUUUAUCUUAGAUGAGGCGGACAUGGUCAUGCGACACGUCAUAAUAUACGGUGUUUCGGGCUUUGAAAGACUCGGCCAAACAUUGAAUGAUAUUUGGAUGCCCGAUAUUAAGCGAAACCAGUUACCAGGUGUAUUAGCAGGUCUUGCACCUAUUCGAUCCCUGGUGAAUGUUGGAAGCGGUGUGAAAGAUUUAGUCGUCAUUCCAAUGCGCGAGUACAAGAAAGAUGGUCGAAUAGUGCGCAGCAUCCAGAAAGGCGCAUUUGCAUUCGCCAAGACCACCACGAAUGAAUUGAUAAAGUUGGGAGCCAAGCUAGCGAUAGGAACCCAGACAGUUCUCCAGAGUGCCGAAGACUUCCUCAGCGCCCCAACUACUGGAAUGGCACAUGGAGAAGGAGACGGCGACUCUACGGAUGAAGAAGAGAAGAAACAAAUAUCCCACUAUGCUGAUCAACCAGUGGGAGUUGUACAAGGUCUUCGAGGCGCAUUCCGUAGUCUCGAGCGUGAUUUACUGAUGACACGAGACGCCAUUGUCGCCGUUCCCGGCGAAGUCAUGGAAAGCAGCAGCGCUGCUGGAGCUGCAAGAGCCGUCUGGCGACGUGCACCCACUGUUAUUCUCCGGCCUGCCAUUGGUGCUACACGUGCGGUUGGGCAGACUUUACUUGGAGCAGGAAACUCUUUGGAUCCAACUAAUCGACGAAGAAUUGAGGAUAAAUACAAGAGACAUUAA